AUGUCCGCGGCCAAGCUCUCCGAGAGGCUCGCCACGCUGCAGUAUCUAACGCGGCCGUCGGCGGGCAAGCGCACCGGUCGCAACAUUGGCGUCCACGCAAACGUCGCCACUGACCUCGAGGCCGUCCAUGUGCCGAUCCCGGUAAAGAUGGCCGACUACAGGCGGGUCGCUGCGCCGCCCCGCUUGAUCGUCGAUCGCUUCGAGCUGCGCCGCUGGCAGCCCGCACAGCCCGACUUUGCGGACCCUGCCAGCGUGCGCACGUUCUACGCCGCCGCAGAGGCUUUUGUGUGCGCUGCCGUCGGCGCCGCCAGGGUGCACGUCUUUGACCACACGCUUCGGACGUCGGGCGUCUCGUCCCUCAACGCGGCCGACGGCGCAUCCGCUGCAGGCGCCGUCCUCCGUGUGCACGGAGACUACACGGCCGACUCCGCUCCAACGAGGCUGGCGCAGCUCGCCGCCGCGGGAGCCAUCACGGUAGAGCCCGCGCCGUCGCGCUUUGCGUUCGUCAACGUCUGGCGCUCUGUGGACCAGCAGCAGCCGGUGCUGUCCCACCCUCUCGCGCUCUGCCGGCCGCGCAGCAUCGACUACGCCAGGGACACUUGGUCCUAUCACAUGCACUUUGAGGACCGCGUCGGCCGCAACCUCGCCAUCGAGGCGAAGGCCGGCCACGAGUGGGGCUACUACCCUCGAAUGACAGCCGACGAGGCGCUCCUCUUCUUCGCUUUCGACUCGAGCGCCGCCGACGGCGACGUCGGCGUCGUGCACACCGCCUUCGACGACCCGGCCAUCGACGGCGCAGGCGUGCCGCGGAGGAGCGUCGAGCUGAGGACGGUGGCGCUGUGGGACUAGCCUGUCUGUGGUGGGAGGCACGGAGGACGAGUCGUGUCUGCGGUUCUCUGUUCUCUGUUCUCUCGGCUCUCGCGCUGAGACUGAAAAAAGAAUCUGGUUCUAUGUGUAACA